AUGUCCACCCCCACCGAUCUCCAGGCUCUCCUGGCCAGCAUUCGACCCCGUCCUUCUCCUUCGAAUACUGCUGGUCAGGACAACUCUCAGGCCCAGCGCCAAUCGUAUUAUCAGCCCGGUCUUUUCCCGCCGCACCCUCAGCAGCAACCCUACGAUGGCCAGAGCUACCCUCAUCCUCAGUCGCAUGGAUACCAACAGCCAUCAGUAUCCUCGACCAUCCAGAGUCCUUCCCCGAUGAAUAUUCCCCCUCAUCAGGGCUCUGAUAUCCUGAGCCCUAACACGUCUUCUCCCCGGGGCGAAUGGCACCAACAGCCGCAACCGCAGCAUACCAACCCAGGCUCUGUAGAUCUCCUGAACCUCCUUAAAUUCAGCCAGCGUCCAGGUGCUUCCCCCCAGCCACAGGCCCCUGCUGCAGGCCCCGAGCACUUGCAGUCUCCGCCAGCCCAGGGUGCCUCCCCGUCGCAUGGGCGAAACAUUUCCGCGUCUGACUUAGUUGCUACUUUGUUUGGCCCACAAGCCCCUGCAGCCCCUGCAGUGGUCCAUGCACCUGCGCCGGUUGGCCCUCACCGGGUAUUCCAAUCUGGACAACCCGAGGGCCCUAAUGAGAACACACAGGACAUGUUGCUCCGCCUGCUCAACCGUUCUCAGCCGGGUCCUGGUGUCUCCGAAUCUUCUGCACUGGCUUCAUCUCAGCAGGGGCCGUAUAUGCAGGCUGUUGUCAACGAACCUCGGGAUCAGACGUCCCAGAACGUCUUCAUGGAAGUUGUGGAUGAAAGUCCCAAUGCGCCUGCGCACCCGGAAACGGUCGUAUCGCCCAGCUCGAAAGACUCGAUGUUCACCUAUGUUAAUCCGUUUGACCAAUUGGCCGCCAUUUCCCCUCGUAACAAGUCUCCGCAGACUACUUCUAGCAUCCACAGCCCAACUGUCGAAGUCACGCCGAAGCAAAAGAUCAGUGUUUCCGCCAAACCGGAGCCUGCGCAUGUGCCCCAGGCUGCAGCUCCUCAGGAGAGAGUUCAAUCGCCAAUUCUGAGUGACGGUCAGCGAGAAGCCGUGAAUGAAGUUGUCGGUCGACUCGUAGAUGAGAUCGGCCGCUCUCUCAGUGGCAAUGAACCUCAGGUCACUACGGAAGCAGCAGCAGCAGUCUCUACUGUCCAGGAGGAAUCCUCUGAGGCAGUCAUUUCAUCAACUACUAGUCAUCUGCGCGAGACUUCUGUUGAAGCUAAAGAAGCAGCUAGUGUGGCCCAGGUCGAUGAUCUGGUGAAUGAGACAGUUGUUUCUGCAGUUCCGGCCGCUCAAAAGGUAACCGAGCAUACCGAGGCUCUGGCAGACAGCUGGGAGAGUGCAGAGGACAGUGCCGAAAAGGAGGAAGAACGAGUUGUCUCUGUUCACAACUUCCCUAUGCGGCCUUUUAUCUCCAUUGCUGUGAAACCUGCAUGUGGAAAACUUACGACUUUCCGUGAUGAUGAUGUCAUGGAUAUUGCUCGUCUAAAGAAGGAAUUCGAUCAGCUUGACCGUUCAUUGACUGCGGCAACAUCUGAGUACAUCGUGUACGCACUUGCCAAAACUGGUGGAAUUAGGAUCAUUCGACAGGACGAUGGCAGCGACCGACAGGUAUUCCGCUCCACCCGUGAUCGGGUGUUCAAUGUCGCCCUGUGUACAGCUCCUUCUGCAGCCGGUGACUCUGAAGUUCAGGCCAUACUCGGUAUUGGAGUCAGUGGUUCUGUCUACUGGGCUUUGAUCUCACGCUCAGGGAAGGAUUUCUUUGAUGUGGAUGCCCUGGAAAGCGAGAGUUUGAUCUUCCCGCCUUUCCCAGCCUCAGACGAGAACACCUCUGGUGGCCAGCUGAAAACGCGGGCCAAACGGAGCACUCGUCACACUAACUUGUUUGCCAUUGGUCGGGGUAAAAACAUCUACCUUAUCUCGCCCAAGGCGGCAAUGAACCCUGUUUACGGUGUUUCCGGUACUCAGCGCACAGUCAAUACCGAGAAAUUCUUCAAGGAGCGCGCAUUGAAGAUCUCCACUGGUAAAGCCGGCAAAGAUUUUGCUUUCAGCGAUGAUGAUUCUGUCAUCGCCUCCCUGGAUAAGACCGGCCGACUGCGCUUUUGGGAUAUAAAUGACAUGCUUAGUGACGCAAGUUUGGUGGAGGGCCCUGCUCCUGUCGAGAUCCGGGUUCCCUUGACUACCUUUGUCACUGGCUCACCAACCGAAAAGUCUUGGCCCACGUCGGUUCUUUUCCUCGAUAAGCUCCGCGCUUAUUCGCGAUCCAUGGCGCUCCGUUAUGUGUUGGUUGGACUUAAGCAGAACCACACCUUGCAGCUCUGGGAUAUUGGGCUGGGUAAGGCCGUGCAAGAGUUGAAGUUCCCCCAUGAGAACGAGUCGGAUGCUAUCUGCAGCGUGGCUUAUCACCCAUCAUCAGGGGUCAUCGUUGUUGGCCACCCCACGCGCAACUCAAUCUACUUUGCUCAUCUUUCGGCUCCUCGGUACAAUUUGCCUCAAAUGUCGCAGGCAGCCUACAUCCGAGAGCUCAAUGAUAAGGACAACACCCUACCCAAGCCUGAGUCUACGGCUUGCUUGAGUGGAAUUCGGGAGAUCUCUCUCGGAUCUAAGGGUCAGCUGAGAAGCCUGGAGCUUCUUCCUAUCACCAAAUCCGCUACUGACAAGCGUGGCACCGAGGACUCCUCCCUGUUUGAGCUGUACGUGAUGCACUCGCGUGGUGUGACCUGCUUGAACAUCAAGAAAGAGGAUUUGGGCUGGACUGCGGAUAACAAAGUCAUUCGCCCUAUCGAUGCGAUGGAGCAUGGUUUGAUUGAGAUUAGCGAUCUUCAAACUUUCCCCACGUAUGCCACCGAUGAGCCAUCUGUCAACGGUGACACUGCCUCUAUUCAAUCUCGUGUUGGUCCCAAGGAAUCUGCGAAGAAACCAGAGAUUGGAGAUUCUGCUUCUGGCGUCGCUCCCUCGCGUAAUCCUUCGCCUAUCAAGUUGUCCAAGAAGAAAGAGGAGCCCAUUGAGCUAGCACCGGCACCCAUUGUGGCUGACAGGGCGGAAAAGAAGAAGAAGAAGAAGACUGCCGCUGAAGUCGCCAGGGCAAAGGAGCCCCCCACUACUAGUGGUGUCGAACCUCUUUCCGUUCCGUCAACCGCUGCUAGGGAGUUCGAGACUCUUGCCUCUUCCACUGCUACUAUGGGUGCGACUCAAGCUUCCGAUCACGCAGUGCCUGUUGGGCUUCAAUCCGGCCUGUCUGGCCUUGGCGUCUCGAGUGAAGCCUUCAACAAGCACAUUCAAACCCUGCAGGGCCAUGUAUCGAACGAGUUCAACAAGAGCCUUGGCCAAGAAUUUGAAACCCUUCACCGUCGCUUUGACGAGGAACGUCGCAGCUGGGAUGCUGCCUCGUCCGCCAAGCAAGAUCAAGUAUUGCGCUUGGUCUCUAGCACGCUCUCCGACAACGUCGAGAAGAACCUGGCCCGCAUUGUUUCAAGCAGCAUCCAAGCCGAUGUGAUUCCUGUACUCACUGAUGCCACCUCAGCAGCAGUCAACAAGCAACUGCAUGGCGCUGUCUCCCAACAGCUUGGAGGUGCAUUCAAUGAGGAGUUGCGACACGCUCUUCCCAAGGCGGUCAUCAAUGCUAUGCAGCAGCCACCCGUAGUGAAGGCUGUCUCCGAUUCAGUCGCACAGAAGCUCGCGCCCCACAUUGAGACCGAAGUUACGCGAGUCAUGCAGUCUUCAAUUGCUCCUAUGAUUGAGAGCUUGGCACGUACCACGAAGAAAGUGGAGUCAGAUAUGGAACGUCAUUUCCAGGCACAGAUCAAGCACUAUGAGGCUCAGCGCCUGAAUGACAAUGCAAAGAUUGAGGAGAUGUCAGCCAUUCUACGUGGCUUGUCGAAGACUGUCUCCUUGCUGGCCGCGAACCAGGGCCACCCAAUCCAGCAGACUCAGAGCCCGCAGCGUGAGAUCGCUCAACGCGAGGUCCCGAAUACUCAUCAACGCUCUGUCGGACGCCCAAGCGAAAAUCACGUACGCAUGCCACAGCCGGUGUCUCAGGCCGUGCUUCAGCUUCAGUCCCAAUCUACUCCUGUUCAGGUUUCGGCCCCGGUUCCAGCUCCUGCCCAUGUCGCACGAUCUCCCGAAGAAACUGAACUAGGCGAUAUCGCACAGCUUAUCAAUGCUGGCCACUUUGAGGAGGGCACCAUUAGAUGGCUCCAAUCUAACCAGCAAGCUGACUUGUUUGACAAGUUCUUUGUCCAUGUGUCUCCCGCCUAUCUGUCUCGACUUUCUGCGAUCGUUAUGCUAUCCGUAGCCGUUGCUGUCACAUCUACUCUGCAGACCAACAUUGGUCAGCGUCUCCACUGGCUUGAGGUGGUUCUCCAAAACGUCAACCCCAGGGAUACCGACCUCCGCGAGGUCGCACCACGCAUUCUAGACAUCAUGAACCAGCGCCUCAACACCUUGUACAUGUCAGUUGUUGAUCGCAACCCACACGACCACAUCCUGCGGCUUAUUGCACCCCUUUCUCGCCGUGCCCGCGAACUGCACGCCGGCUUGGCUUGA